UCUCCCGCCUCGUUCCGACAAUGCUUCCCUCCCUUAUCCUCCUUUAUUUCUCCCAUCGCAACUCCACAUAUACACUCUCUCUCUCUCUCUCUCUCUCUCUGAGCCAUCGAAGCUCCGAUCCAUCCUUCCACCGACAUGCUUCGCCGUCCAUCCGACGCCCCUGACCGAGCGGCGCCGCCGAAGAAACGGGGCAGCUACAACUGCCGCCGGUGCGGCCUCCCCAAAAAGGGCCACGUCUGCCCCUCCGCCGACGGCUGGCCCGCACACGUUCCCCUCCCUCGCUCCGGCCACCGCCUCCGCCGCGCACUCUCCUUCGACGAUGAUCGCCACUCCUCCCCGCUGCCUGCCUCGGCGAUGGAGGACGACGGCCUGAUCGGGACGACGGCCUUGGUGGCUGUAGAGAAUCCGGAUGGGGUCGUCGAGGAGGAGGAGGAGGACGAGGUGGGGUGCGGCGGAGAACGGACCUUGCCCGCGUCGUGCAUGGUGGAGGUCCUACGGCGAUUGUCGCCGACGGAGCUGAUGCGGGCGGCGGCGGUGUGCCGGGGGUGGAGAGAGUGUGUGAGGAGGGUGUGGCGUUGCGCGGAGGAGCUCAGACUUAGGGUUUCUCCUAGAUCGCAGGUGGCGUUCUUCGGAUCGGUGCUCCACAAGUGUGCCGGAUUGGCCCGGCUCACCCUGAGGAUGGAAAGUGAUUUUGAUGCGACAAUGUUAGCUUGCGUUGCUUUCUCACUGCCUAAUUUAGAAGCUUUUGAGCUAAACAUGGCUGAAAACACGGUCAACCGGAUAACUGGGGAUGAAUUGGGUAAUUUUGCUGCCAAGAAAAGAUGUCUCUCUACUCUUAAAUUUGAGGGUUGCACCAACAUCGGAUUCGUCAAUAUCUCUUCAUCAAGCCUGUUGAUGCUCUGGCUAUCAGAUCUUUAUUGUAUUUCAAAAAUGGUACUUAAAUGUCCUAAUCUAAGAGAGCUUUCUCUUGAUUUUACUCGACAAGUUAACGAUUCAACAGAUCUUGCUGCAAUGCUGGAAAGUCUGGGGUGUACUUGUCCAUGUCUAAGAAAUAUUCAUAUUGCUUCACUUCAACUUUGCAAUGAAGCUGUCCUUGCUCUUGCAAGUGCUAAUAUAAGGGAUUUGCGUAUGCUCUCUUUGGUUCUAGGCUCAAGAAUCACAGAUGCUGCUGUGACUGCUAUAGUUUCAUGUUACACAAGUCUAGAGUUGCUUGAUUUAAGUGGGUCAAGUAUUACUGACACUGGAAUUCGUAUGAUAUGCAAUGUGUUUCCUGAGACUCUCUCCAGAUUCCUACUUGCUCUUUGCCCAAAUAUUACGUCGAGUGGGAUCCAGUUUGCUGCAGCUCAAUUGCCACUUCUUCAGCUAAUUGACUGUGGGAUGAGCAUACGUGAUACUGAUUCCCAGUAUGAAAGUACUAAACAAAAUUUUAGUCCCAUUAAGGGGAGGACUGGCGAAUAUAAUAAGUGCCAGAGACUGUCUACCACAAAGUCAAGUCACGUCUACCAAAAGCUGAUCAUAAAACAUGGAAAUUUAAGGAAGCUCAGUUUAUGGGGUUGCUCAGGUUUAGAUGCCCUUUGCUUGAACUGCCCAGAGCUUAAUGAUCUAAAUCUUAACUCAUGUACAAACUUGCAUCCAGAGGAAUUGUUGCUCCAAUGCGAAAAAUUGAAGAAUGUACAUGCUUCUGGAUGUCAUGAUAUGCUAAUUGGAGCAGUGCGGAAUCAGGUACCAAUUCUUGUACUGAAUGAGUUUUCUACUGCCGAAAACCAUCUACCGUGUAAGCGACUAGCUGAUGGAUCAAAAAGGAUUCAGGUACCUCAUUUUGUUCAGCAGCUAUCAGAUGACAAGAAGCAGAAGAGGAAACUGCUGACCCAAUGUAUUGUGCAUCAUGACUAACAAACGCAAGUAUGUUGUGCAUCUGUCAUCCCACUGAUAAUACAUAAGCAAUUCAUUUCUUCUUUAUGUUGUACCAUAUCCUUGGGCCUUACCCUCAAUCCUCUCUAUUGUAUCAGCUCUAGGACUGGACUUUUUGGAGUUCAGGAGAUUGUAGAAGAAUAAAAGUAUUUCCAAUGUUCUACUGUUUAACUUCAAGAAUAACCAUUCUUUCAAUCAAGCAUUACAAAUUCCUGCACGGUUUUCAUUUUAGAAUUUGGCAAAUUUACAAAUGAAAUAAUUUGUUUUAUAUGUGAUGAAGAUUUCACUCUACAUAAAUAUGUAAUUAAAUGAUAUUGACAGAAGACAUUGGAUUGGCCAUCUUGCAUCAGGUCAUGGAAAGACCAAAACCAAAACCUAAAGUAGCAUGUAAAUUUAGCAAAAGUGUAGCCCUUGUUCUCAUAUAAAGAUUUCGCUUUUAGAUCUCUAAAAUUAAUAGAAAUUACUCUGAUAUGACUGAAAAUUUUAUAAUAAAUGGAGAUCAAAUUCAAUAUUAGGCUUUAUUGAAUUAUGUUCCUCUUGAUGUUCUGUUUUGAUAUCUUCAUGGUGCGAGGUGGGAUGUUGGCCAAUUGAUUGCUUGUCGAUCCUCGUGUGAUUAUAUUAUCAUGCAUGUACGAUUGUGUUGGCACGUGAGUAGUGAUGGAUUUGUAUGUUGUGGUUGGAUUUGUAUGUUGUGGUGGGCUUUCUACCAUCGUGCAAUUGUUCAAAGAUGCUAUAAGUCUUUUCAUUUGUACUUCGAAUAGAGUUGCGUAUUGCCUACACAAUCUAUCCAACAUGCCUAUCUACUCUUACCAUGAGUGCUU